AUGGAGAUGGACUCUGCCCACCCCGCCACCACUCCCAGCGCCGACAAGGCAUCCUCGGACGCGACGCCCGCCGCUUCCCUGUGCCCCCCCUCGGCGUCGCCGCAGUUUCAGACUGGCAGAGUACGGACGCGAUUAGUGCACGCCAUUGAUAUUCUCACACUACUUCAACAGUCAGCUUUACUUUCAGUCAGAUCUGAAAGUGAUUGUCUUGCAUACAUUCACAUUCAGGCGUGUCCCGCCUUGGAAUGGAGGGUUUGCAGAUGGAAGACAAUCAUGUUGGUCCUCAUGGCAAUGUUGGAUGCUAUCUUUAAGUAGAUUCACAAGUUUUGUAGUUGAAUUUUAUGGAAUUGCAGUUCAAUUAUGUCCAUGUAAUAAGCCAUCUAGGUGUGGAAUUUGGUUCUAAUGAAUAUAUGUUGGGCACUAUGGUGCCCCCAUUCUGAAA